AUGAGGUUAAAUCAUCAAUAAAUAUCUACAAACAUUAAAGAGAAUUUAAAAUUAAACAUGUUUGAUACAAAUUUAAAUCAAGAAAGUAGGAGUAAAGACGUUUAAUCAUUUAAAAUACCUCCGAGAAAAUAAAGAAAAGCUUUAUCUUGCAAUAGUAAAUAAUGGAAUAAUUUUUUUGAAGCGAUGCGUAACAUGCAUGAGGAACAAAAAAAAAUUAGACUAUCAUCGCAGCCUUAGCUUAGAUAUUAAAAUAUUUAGAAAAUAAUGGAGUCUAAUUUACAUUACAAGAAGCUGUAAAGACAAUUGCAAUAGCAAGCACCUGAAAUAGAUUUAGAAAAAAAUAACUUAAAUUAAAUAGUUUCUAAUAUUAACAAUAAGGGAAUUGUUGUUGCUACAACCACGAUCAAAAAUGUAGAUCACUCAAUAAUGAGCAAAUCCAAUAGGAGAUUUAAGUCUUUGGAAUCUAUAUUAAAUACUAUAGCUAGCAGAGAAAAUGGGUAAGAUUAGAUACAAAAUAACCAAGCAAAGCUUUAACUUUAAAACAGUAGUAACUAUUCCUUCUCUCCAGAUAAUAAUAGAUUUAAUUCUCCAACUCUGCUUCUGUAAAUUAAUUAAAUUUAAAAGAAUACAAACAGUAGUAUUGACUAAUAAUAAGAAUUGAUAACAAAAAAUAACCAUAAAAUAAAUAAUAUUCCUUAAUCACUAGUUGAUAUUUAAUCUGUAAAUCAAUCUUUAAUUAUAACUUAGGCAAAUUCUCAGCCUCAACUGAAUAAUUAUUCCUUAUAAAAUAUAAUUAGUGAUAAUUAAAACAAUAGUCCUAUAUUAUCAAAUAGGCAAGAAGGCAAAAUUCACUUAAAAAGUAAAAUGAGUAACAACAAUUCUUCUAACAAAGAAAUGCAAUUUACAAAUUAAUAAACUGAAGGACUUAUUUCAAAUUAGUAAAAAAAUUUGUCAAAUAAAGUAAAUUUUUAAAAGUAUUAAGUUUUUUAGUCAAUAAAAUUGCAAAAUACAUUCGAAAAUGAAUAGAAUAAUAAAAAAUCUUUAAGACUAAAAAUGGUCAAUCAUAACAAAUCAAAUAGCUUAGCAAAUUUGACAUCUAUUUAGUAGAAUACAAAACAACAAUUAUAAGAAGAUAGCGCUUUCAAUUAAAAUAGCUAAUUUUAGCUUAAUUAAUCAAAGUAAACUGAAACUCUUUAGUUGAACAAUGAUACAAGUACUUCUACAUACGCUUAGUAAUCUGUUUAAACAUUUAGAAACUAAAGUAAAUUAAGUAUGCGUGGCAAAUAUCAGCCUAUCAGCAAGCCAUAUCAAAGUAGUUAAUCAGAAAUUUUUGGGAAUAUUAUAAAAAAAAUGGAUCUCUAAAAGAAAUAACAAGAGAAAUAAAAAGAAGAUUCUAAAUUGAUAAAAGUUAUGUAAAAAAUGGAGAGUAAUGAAAGCCCUUUAAAUUUUUAAUAAGCUCAUGCAAUUUCUUCUUUUCUUCUUGGUUCUAACAAUUAAUCAUCUCCUUCAAUAUAAUAAUUUACCGAAUAGAUAGAUCAGCAUUUUUCUUCAACUUCACCAUCAUCUGUCAUUGCAAUGUAAAAAUAUUCUAAAAUUCUAGGAGAUAUUGACUCAAAGAAAUAAAAUUUGUAAGAUUCUCUUGUUGAAUAGAUAGAAUAAAAAUAAACACAGCACAAUAACAUAAAAAUUAAUUAAGAUAAAGUGAUAGAGGCAUAACAAGAAGCAUAAAGAAUGCAAUUCAAGCGUAAAAUAUAAAGAUCUAAUACUUAAGAAAAUAUGAUAAACUUGUAAAACAGAUAUUCAAAGGUUUCAAUAAAUUAAAUGUUUGAAUAGUCUCAUGAUUUUGAUACUUCGUUUGGUUUCAACUCUAGAAAAAAUUAGUAAUAGCUCUAAGAAAAUAUAAAGUAAUACUAAAUUGUAAGCGAAAAGAAUAUAAAACCAGCUUAAAGAGAAGAAACAACAAAGUUGAUUUGGUAAAAAAGAAAAAGAUCCUUAAAUACUUUUUCAGAUAUGCUGAUUAACUAAACUUAAUUAUCAUAGAUACAGUUAGUGAAUCAAAGUUAAUUUUAACAAUAGCUUUUAUAGAAUUAAGCUUCAUCUCGCUAUAAUUAUUUAGAUGUAAAAGCAGAAACUGAAAGCAUUAAACACUCACUUUAACUUAAAAAGUAGAAAAAUUUACAAGCAGCUUCUUUGAAUAAAAGAAAGGAGUUUAUUGACAAAAUCGUUACUACAAAAAGCAACUUUCAUGUUUCACCAACACUCAAUUAGAACUGUAUGACAAUUUAAACUAUGAAAGAGGAUGAAGUAAUAAACAUGGAUAAAAAUGUUAUUACAAAAUUAUAAAAAUUAUUUUAGAAGCAAAAGCCAAGUACUACUGAUUCUCCUUCAAGAUCCCCAAUUAAGAUGUGCUCUCCUCAAAAUAUUAUUUUUUAAAAAGAGAGCAAUGGUGAUUUUGAUUUGAUAAUCAACAAGCCUGAAACAGGUAAAAACUUAAAUUCUUCUUUAAGAGAAUAAACGGAAGAAAAUGACACAACCAAUCUAACCAAAUAAAUAAAACCAUUAGGAGCUAAGAGUUAUUCUUUUUCAAACAGAUUUUCUUAUAAACCAUAAAUAAAUUAAACAAAUGGAUUCAAUCCUUAAGAAAGAUGUUAAAAUUAAAUUGAUAUGAUUGAUCAAAAGCAAAGAAGUCUAUCUAAGCUUCUACACAAAAAAGUUAUAACAGAAACAUGUAUGCCAUUAAGAUUAAAUCGAAACGGAAUAUCUUUAACAUGCAGAAAUCAUAUUCAUACAUUAAAAAAUAAAUAAAUACCUUAAAAUGAAAAUAAUUACAAUUAAAAGUAUUAAAUUUUUAAAGGAAUGUCUAGUCUUUAAACUAUUCCACAUGACCUGAAUGCAAAUACAGAUCUCUCCAUUCAAUUAUAGAAAUAAUAAUAGUAAGGAAGCCUAACUUUCAAUAACUAAAACGACACAGACAUCAUAUAAAUAGAAAACUUAACAAAUUCAAACUAGUGA